GCCCCUGGCCCCAACAUGGCCCGCCGCUCCCAGAGCUCCUCGCAGGGGGACAACCCACUGGCACCUGGGUACCUGCCACCUCACUACAAAGAGUAUUACCGCCUGGCAGUAGAUGCCCUGGCCGAGGGAGGCCCGGAGGCCUACAGCCGCUUCCUGGCGUCUGAGGGGGCACCUGCCUUCCUGUGCCCUGAGGAGCUGGAGCACGUGAGCCGCCACUUGCGGCCCCCGCAGCAUGUUGCUCGCGAGCCCCCUGAUGGCAGCCCUCCCAACGUGGACAUGGAUGGCUCCUCAGGCACCUACUGGCCCAUGAACUCAGACCAGGCGGUGCCCGAGCUUGACCUAGGCUGGCCCCUGACCUUCGGCUUCCAGGGCACCGAAGUUACUACACUGGUGCAGCCACCACCGCCCGACAGCCCCAGCAUCAAGGAUGAGGCUCGGAGGAUGAUCCGCUCUGCCCAGCAGGUGGUGGCCGUGGUGAUGGACAUGUUCACCGACGUGGACCUGCUUGGUGAAGUGCUGGAGGCAGCCGCCCGCCGAGUCCCGGUCUACAUCCUCCUGGAUGAGAUGAACGCCCAGCACUUCCUGGACAUGGCUGACAAGUGCCGCGUCAACCUGCACCACGUGGAUUUCCUGCGCGUGCGCACUGUGGCAGGCCCCACCUACUACUGCCGGACGGGGAAGUCCUUCAAGGGCCACGUGAAGGAGAAGUUUCUGCUGGUGGACUGCGCGGUGGUGAUGAGCGGGAGCUACAGCUUCAUGUGGUCCUUCGAGAAGAUCCACCGCAGCCUGGCGCACGUGUUCCAGGGCGAGCUGGUCUCCAGCUUCGAUGAGGAGUUCCGCAUCCUGUUCGCGCAGUCCGAGCCUCUGGUGCCCUCAGCCGGGGCGCUGGCCCGCAUGGACGCUUACACCCUGGCCCCGUACACGGGAGCGGGGCCCCUUAUGGGUGCGCCGACCCCCUUCUCCUUCCCCAAACGGGCGCACCUCCUGUUCCCACCGCCUCGGGAGGAGGGCCUGGGAUUCCCCUCUUUCCUCGACCCUGACCGCCACUUCCUGUCGGCCUUCCGCCGGGAGGAGCCCAUGCGGAUGCCCGGCGGAGCCCUGGAGCCGCACGCAGGGCUGCGGCCUCUGGCGCGGCGGCUGGACGCCGAGGCGGGCGCGGGGGGCGAGCUCGCCGGCCCGCGGGCCUUCUUCCAGGCCCGGCACCUGGAGAUGGACGCCUUCAAGCGGCACAGCUUCGCAGCCGCCGACGGCUCGGGCGCCGUGGAGAACUUCGCGGCCGCUCGGCAGGUGUCGCGGCAGACGUUCCUCAGCCACGGCGACGACCUGCGCUUUCAGACCAGCCACUUCCAACGAGACCAGCUGUACCAGCAGCACUACCAGUGGGAGCCGCAGCUUGCGCCCGCGCGCCCGCAGGGCCUGUUCGAGAAGCUGCGUGCCGGCCGCCCGGGCUUCACCGAGCACGACGACUUGGCCCUGGGGCUCGGGCCGCGCUUCCCCGAGCUCGGCCCCGACGGACACCAGCGGCUGGACUACGUGCCGUCCAGCGCCUCACGCGAGGUGCGCCACGGCUCGGACCCCGCCCCGGGCCCCGCGCCCCGCGGCCUGGAGCCCAGCGGGGCCCUGCGCGCCAACCUGGGCCAGCGCUUCCCGUGCCAGGCGGCGGCGAGGCCGGGUCCCGAGGCGGCGCCCGACACGGAGCAGGAGCGCAGGGGCGGGCCCGAGGGGCGGGCGGGGCUGCGGCACUGGCGCCUCGCCUCCUACCUGAGCGGCUGCCAUGGCGACGACGCGGGCGACGAGGGCCUGCCCGCGCCCAUGGACGCCGAGGCAUACGAGGACGACGUGCUGGGCUGCGCCGGCCGGCCAAGUCCCGGGGACCUGCUGCCCUCAGCCACCCGCGUGCCCGCGGCAUUCCCGGCCAAGGGCCUGGAGCCCUGCUCCGGCCGCGGGGACAGCCCCGAGCGCGAGACGCUGGAGGAGGCAGGGCUGGCCAAGCAGGACUCCUUCCGCUCGCGCCUGAACCCGCUGAUCCAGCGCAGCUCGCGCCUGCGCUCCUCCCUGAUCUUCAGCGCCUCGCCGGCCGAGGGCGCGGGUGGGGCUCCAGCAGCCGCCACCGAGAGGGCGCAGCUGCUGCACAAGGAGCAGGCGGUCAGCGAGACGCUGGGUCCCGGGGGCGAGGCCACGCGCUCCGCCACUUCCACCAAGGUGGCCGAGCUCCUGGAGAAGUACAAGGGCCCCGCGCGAGAUGCGGGAGCGGUGGGGGCCGCGGUCGCGGUCGCCAGCCACAGCAAGGCUGUUGUGUCCCAGGCGUGGCGGGAGGAGGUGGUGGCGCCGGGUGGGGGAAGCGAGCGCCGCAGCCUGGAGAGCUGCCUGCUGGACCUGCGCGACUCCUUUGCCCAGCGGCUGCACCAGGAGGCCGAGAGGCAGCCGGGGGCCGCCACGCUGACUGCCACGCAGCUGCUGGACACGCUGGGCCGCGGCGGCACCGACCGGCUGCCCUCCCGCUUCCUCUCCGCCCAGGGCCGCCCCGGUUCCCCACAAGGGCGGGACAGCCCCCCCCCAGAGGGGCCGCGCCAGGCACCUCACCCUGAGCCCAAGGGGAGCCCCGCCUCUGCCUACCCGGAGCGGAAAGGGAGCCCCACCUCGGCCUUCCCGGAGCGCCGGGCCAGCCCGGUGCCCCCCGUGCCCGAGCGCCGGGCCAGCCCAGUGCCCCCCGUGCCCGAGCGCCGGGCCAGCCUCACCCUUACCUUCGCCGAGGAGUCCGCCAAGACCGGCACCGCGGAGGAGUCGGCGGGCGGCCCCAUGGAGGUGCUGCGCAAGGGCUCCCUGCGCCUCCGCCAGCUGCUGAGCCCCAAGGGGGAGCGGCGCGCAGAGGAAGACGGCGGCUUCCCGGCGCCGCAGGAGAACGGGCAGCCCGAGAGCCCCCGGCGGCCGUCGCUGGGCCGGGCCGACAGCACCGAGGCUGCUGCCGCUGCGGACGAGCGGGGCCCGCGGGCGCGCACGGCCUCUGCCACAGCCAACGCCUUGUACAGCAGCAACCUGCGGGAUGACACGAAAGCCAUUCUGGAGCAGAUCAGCGCCCACGGCCAGAAACACCGCGCGGUCCCGGCCCCCGCCCCGGGCCUGGCUCACAGCAGCCCUGAACUGGGCCGAUCCCCCACCGCUGGCGGCCUGGCCCCUGACAUGUCCGACAAGGACAAAUGCUCUGCCAUCUUCCGCUCGGACAGCCUGGGGACGCAGGGGAGGCUGAGCCGCACCCUGCCCGCCAGCGCUGAGGACCGCGACCGGCUGCUGCGCCGCAUGGAGAGUAUGCGCAAGGAGAAGCGCGUCUACAGCCGCUUCGAGGUCUUCUGCAAAAAGGAAGAGGCCGGAGGCCCGGGGGCAGGGGAGGGCCCAGCAGAGGAGGACACCAGGGACAGCAAGGUGGGCAAGUUCAUGCCCAAGAUCCUGGGCACCUUCAAAAGCAAGAAGUGAGCCUCCUGGCCCCACAGCCCAGGCCCAG